AGGUAAAGGCGGGACAUGGAGGGGGAGGAGCUUCCGCCGAACUUAGCGAAGAGAAGGGGCGGAGCGAAACCGUUUCUAUGGUUACACUGAACGCGUUCUAGAGAAGGUCUGAACACCGGGACUGAGAUCACUGAGCGCGGACACCGCACCGGCAACAUGUCCGGCCCGACCCGAACCCGAGCACAGAGGCCCGGGAACAGCGUACUCCUUUUCCAUAGACCAAAGAUGGCGUCUCACGUCAAGAAAAUUAUCAACAUAUCUGGUUUCGUAACACAAAGCAGAGCGAACCGGAGCAUGAUGGGAAGCAGAAGAAGUAUAAGCCUCCAUAUGGACAGCAAGAUCCUGGAUAAAAACUAUUUGUCAAGCGGGAAGCAAGUGAUACCGGUUUUCGAUGACGAAGGAAAUGAUGUGACUCCUCGCGCGUUGUUUCAAGCGGAACCAGGGGCUGCACCCUCCAAACAGGCAAAACUGUUCACCCCACCAGAUACGUCCGCCAUAACAGCAUCAGACAUCUUCUCCACCAUGUCCCUGCAGCAGACGGGGUUAACCGCAAGCUUCAUGGGCCCAUUUUCAAGGUCAACAUUCGGAGGGAGCAGCAUGUCCAGAUCGAGCCAAGAGGCCGGAUCUCUUUCAGAAGAUGUAGAGGAGCCCGUCUUCAAGCGCGAUGUUGGGCUCAGCUUACCUGAUUUCCACUUGAAGCAAGAUGACGCCCAAGAACUGAAGGAAGAAGAUCUGGAUAAACCAAUCAACGUAUACCUCAUGGAGACAGACACAAUAUGGCUGCUGGACAUCCCUUCAGCUGUGAUCUCCAGUGAUGACCCCCAAGCAGAAUUUAUCAACUCCCAGAAUCAGACCUACGCAGAUCUCUGCAAGAAUAGAGCCGGAAAUGAUCGCUACAUAGAGAGGACGAUGCAGACGAUUAACUGGGCUCCGAAAAGUAAAGAGGUUCAGUGUGAGACAAUUGUCCUAGAAGAUGCCGGAGUCAUGGCCUCAGUUUGGGACUUGUACGAUUCGUAUAACUCUCCUGAGUGCCCCCCGGUGGCGAAGCCUGUCGUAGAGGCAGCCAGCAGAUCGGAAAGCGUCACCAGCUCCAGGUCUAACACCAGCAGGCAAACAACGUCAGUGGCCUCAAUGGAUAGAGGCGACUUCUACUCCAGCACCAUCACAGAUCUGGACAGGUUAUCAUUUGUCCCCGUUCAGGAUGAAGCGGAGGCAGAUGGGAAAGAAAUCUUACAGUCAGAGAAGCUCCAGCAGGACCUGUUCAUCAUGGAGAGAGUUGUAGUAGAAAAUAUAUUUCAGGCAAAGCUUGCAGCGUAUAGACAGCUCCCAGUUAUUAUAGAUCCGGAAGCUGCGGAAGAUACAGAGGUGAUGGCCGACGUCACGUCGCCCGGUUUAGACAGACUAUGGUCCUUCGUGUGUGAGGUCACUAAAGGGCACAAUGUUAGCAGCACCUCUUGGAACAAGAAAAACCCGGAUCUUCUAGCUGUUGGCUAUGGACAGUUCGGCUAUAAAGAACAGAAGGGAGGAUUGGCUUGUUGCUGGUCACUAAAGAACACAAUGUGGCCAGAGAGAAUCUACCAUUGUGAAAGUGGCGUGACGGCCCUGGACUUCUCUGCAUCAUCUCCGCACCUGCUGGCCGUCGGGAUGUAUAAUGGCACUAUAGCAAUUUACAACGUGCAGAACAAGGAAAAUGUCCCAGUGUUAGAUAGCAGUGAAAACCUGAAUAAGCACACGUGUCCAGUAUGGCAGGUGAAGUGGAUCGAACAAGACAGCAGCCUAGGGGAGGAUAAAGGGGAGUGUCUGGUGUCUAUAGGUGCCGAUGGCCGAAUAACAAAGUGGCAUAUUCGGAAAGGAUUGGACUGCAGUGAUCUAAUGAGGUUAAAGCGCACCGGAAAAGAUCGAUUGAAGAAGUCGACUGGAGACAAGGAGAAGAAAGAAGCGUUCAUCUCCCGGCAGGCUCCCGGAAUGUGCUUUGACUUCCACCCGACGGACGCUAACAUUUAUCUUGCUGGGACAGAAGAGGGACAUAUACACAAGUGCUCCUGUUCUUACAAUGAGCAGUUUCUCGAUACGUACCGGGCUCAUAAGGGUCCGGUGUAUAAGCUGGCAUGGUCUCCCUUCUGCCCAGACGUCUUCCUCAGCUGUUCGGCCGAUUGGUGCAUCCAUCUGUGGCGUCAGGACAUCUUACAGCCCGUCUUAACGUUUUCUGCCACGACCAACGCCGUCCACGACAUCAUGUGGUCGCCAAGUUCUCCGCUCGUAUUCGGGGCAGUCAAUGAGAAUCGGGUGGAGAUCUGGGAUUUAAGUGUCAGCACUUUAGACCCGGUCAUUGUCAGCUCCGCUAACCCAGGAGUGAAGCUAACAACCCUGUUAUUUUCCAAGAAUACAAAUUGCGUCCUGAUAGGCGACAGCGAUGGUCAAGUUAGCGUCUACGCACUGAGGAACGUGUCAAGUGCAGAAGCGUCACAGGUGAACGCUUUAUAUGAGCUCAUCGAAGCCACUCUGGCCAGUCAGCUGUGAAGUGUCCGCAGGAACCGGCUCCGAACGGGGCAGAACCGGGGAUGUCAUGGAUCCCAGACAGAGACGCCUUCUUCGCCUUGCAUGCUGUAGAUGAGGACUCGGUGGGACCGGUGGAAUAUCACGUGCAGAAAAUAAAUUCGGAGAACCUGCAGGAAACAGAGUCUUCUGAGGAGUUGUGGGGGUUAAAGAAGAA